UUCAAAAACUCCUUGGAAUACCCACUAGAGAAACUCACUACCAAAUCUCUGGAAUGGGAGGAAUGGUAGUACAAAAUUCGAACAAAGUUUGCGAAAUAACGCUAUGUUCAUCUGAUUUGGGUCAGAAAAUCACCACAAACGCCAUCAUCCUCCCUCAGCUCACCCACUUUCUGCCCACAUUCAAAGUGUCAAAUGUCAAUAUAGACCAAGUACGCUCCCUCCAGCUUGCUGACCCUAACUGGUUUACACCAACGAAAAUCGAUAUGGUGAUAGGCAGCGAUAUAACUCCCCAAAUACUCCUGGAUGGGCUACAACACAAUAUCGACGGCACCUUAGUAGCCCAAAACACAAUAUUCGGUUGGAUACUCAGUGGUCCAGUAAGAGAACAUAUCUCGACGUUCUCCACCCACGUCACAGAAGCAACAGAACCCGAACUCAGCACGCUGCUCAAAAGGUUUUGGAAGCAGGAGGAGAUAGAAACCGCUCAACGAAUUCUGUGAGGAACUCUACAGGACCACGACCGCCAGACGAGAGGAUGGACGCUACGUGGUGAGACUCCCCUUCAAACCCGAA